AUGACUGAGAAAAACCAAACACAUAUAACUGAGAUCAUUCUUCUUGGCUUCCAGAGUCUAAACUACUGGAAAGUUGUUUUGUUUAUUUCCCUUUUUAUAUUUUAUUGUGUGAACAUAUGUGGGAACCUCCUUAUCAUCACUUUAGUGUCCUUCUGUAAGAACCUCCAUUCCCCCAUGUACAUGUUUCUUGUACAACUCUCUAUAUGUGAUAUUCUACUGACCACAGUCAUCAUCCCACACACACUUACUGGUGUAUUAGGUAAUGGGACUGUUAUAUCUUUUUCUGGUUGUAUAUCUCAGUGGUACAUAUUUGGUGGCUCUGAAGCAUCAGAAUGCUUUAUAUUAACCGCAAUGGCCUAUGAUAGGUACCUAGCUAUCUGUAACCCCCUCCGAUAUUCUUCCAUUAUGAACAUGAGUCUGCUUGAGAAAUUAUCUAUUCUUUGCUGGGCGCUGGGGUUUUCUAUUACCUUGGUGACUACUCUAAGCAUUGCUACUUUAGACUUUUGUGGACCACACAUCAUCGAUCAUUUCUUCUGUGAUUUAGCUCCUAUUCUACGUCUGUCUUGUUCAGAAACAUCUCAAGUUAAAAUGGAAGUGGCCUUGUUGAGUAUUUUUGUGAUGAUUUUCCCUUUGGGUUUGACUGGAGCAUCAUAUGGAUGUAUUGUCCAAACUAUCCUAAGAAUGUCUUCCAAUGUUCACAGACGGAAAGCCUUCUCAACUUGCAGUUCUCAUCUGACUGUGGUCUGCAUAUUUUAUGGGACAUUAAUUGUUAUUUAUAUGUUGCCAACAGAAGGAUUAUCUUUGUCUGUUAGCAAAUCUAUUGCUCUUCUAUAUACUGUGGUAACUCCGAUGAUGAAUCCCAUUAUAUACAGCUUAAGGAAUAAAGAUGUCAAAGAUGCUAUCAACAUAUGUAGAAAUCUUCCGCUUGCUCAGCGGGGAUCGCUCCAUUGA